CCUAUCGAUCGCCGAGAGUCAAGAAACGCCCAUCGGGCCCCUUCCCCCCCUCUACGGCCUUGGGCCCAAAAGUCAAUAAAACUGGAAAAAAAGAUUCGAAAGAAUAUAUCAGCUGAUCGACACUUUCUUCGUGUAAAAACUUUUCCGUAAUUUUCACAAAUUCCUCAUUUUCAAAUUAAGCCGAGCACGGUCGUCGCUUUGAAAAUUUUCGAAAAUGCCGGUCGACAGUCGUCGCGCCAUGGAUUAUUGAGUUUUUUGAAAAAUUCGUGCGAACCCUCCUUAUCGAAUUUUGAUAAUCUAUACUUUUUCGCAUAUUUCGACAAUUACGUGUCCAGUUUGUUUUCCGGGAACAGGCUAUAAAUAUAGAUAAAACUCAUCUGCCCCCAGAUAACAUCGUUAUCUAUUUCUUUCUUCUUUCUGUUUUUUCCUCAAUUUCCUAUCUUCCUUCGCUCCUCAAAAGUUACACGUAGGAAAUACCUUACCGAAAAGAAACGUGACUCUGACUGUACACGCGAUUUAUUAUCAGUCCCCUCCUACGCUUUACACACAUGUCACACACGAUCACAUACUGUAAGACCCAAACCUCUUCUCAAGUUUUUUAAUAACUAUUUUUGACAUAUGUACACACGGGAUGAUUCGGGUCGAACACAUCAUGCGAUUUGCAAAGUAAAUAAAUAAUUUAACGCUCACGUUACUGCAGUCACACAUACGUGUGAUAUCAUAUGAAUUAAUACGCUGACACAAGAUCGAUUUAGAUAAGAAGAUGUAAUAAGAGAUUCUUGGAAGUUUCAAGGGAAAGAUUUUUUAUGUUUUUUUAAAUACUUGUAUUUUAUCUGCACGAGGUUAUCACAAGUGGAGUUUGAUGUUCUGAGAAAUGACUGAUAAUAUAUCAUAUUAAUAAAUACAGCCGGCAUUCGGUAUUUAAAUAGGAGGAACGUUUUCGAAUGACGACAUCAUCUCCGAGAGCUAUAAUCGUUACAAGAUCAUUGCCAAGGUCAGCCCAGGCAAAGACGUAGGAAACGUCAAGAUGAGACGAUCCUUUCUCACGAUCAUCAUUCGGAGAUAAGACCAAUUCUAAAUUGGCCAAUGAAAAACAUCCAAGGGAAUUCGCGUGUCAUUAGUAUAAUAUAAGACUGACAGACCCGUGCUAAUUUCAUCCUGGAAUUACCCUAUGACUGGAGAGUCGUGCAGACGAAGAAAAAAUGAAAAAUAAAAAAAGAAUAACUGAUUCAGGAAUAAAAUCAAAGCCAUGGAUAUCUAGAUCGUUAAUCGAGCGUGGAUAAUCGGUUAAUGACACGUGGUUGAUUACAGACUUGUGUAUAAUUAAUUUUUUUUACUGUCAUUAAUACUUUUUCAUACAAACGUCACCCGAUGAAAAUCAAAUAAUAUUUUACUGUUUAUCAAAAAUUUAUAACUUGAUAGAUUUUUUUUUUUCAUAAUUCCUCAUUUAAUAUCCACGAGAAAUCAUGAUUGUUAUUAAGGAUGAUACACCUGAGAGAUCGUGACAUGAUUCCUGAUGAUUGAAAUCACGUAUCCUGGUUCGUUCGAGAUGAUCGAUCUUUUUAACUGAUAAGUGGAUAGUAGGGUGAAUAAGUGACAGGAAUUGAUUUACUUCACGGUAAGUAACUAGUAAACUAGGUAAAUAAUUUGUUUGCCUUUGACCUCGAUAAUCAGCAAUAGCAAUUCUAUCGAUCAAUUUAAUCGAUCAAUCGCUUAUCUCUCGCGAUCGACAAAUUGAUGCCAAUUGAGUAAGCUUCGUGGAAUCUCAUAAACUCGUGAUCUUCUACUACUUUUUUUGGUCUUAGAAAAUCAUGCUAAUUUCUUUUUUCAAGUAAAACCGUCUUCGAUAUUUCAAAGACAAAUAAAACUUACUCGUAGAGCCAAGACACGGAUAGUUAGAAGAAAGUUGUACCCACGUGGGAAACUGUUCAGGGCAUUACCCCACGUGAUAAAAAAAGAAUAAAUUAAUAAUUUACUCCCACCGCGUGUCCCAAAUCAUAUGAGGAAUCACGUAUGGCUACAUAAUCGUAGCCUCGCGCACUAAUCGGUGGAAUAAUCAACUCGUAAUAUGUAGAUAAGUUAUUGUUUUGAUUAGCUGACGUCACCUCGGGAAUACCCACUCGAAAGUUGCUUACCUUCCCCGAAAGAUUCUUCCACUUGUGGAAACCGACUAAUUCAUUGUUUUUCAAGACGGUAAUAAAAGCCGACGGUAGUAGCGCUGGCUACGAUUUGGAGCGUUUCGGGUGGGACCGGUUUUUGGGGUAUAAUUAAAAAAAAUAAUAAAGAGAAGAAAAAGUGAAAAAAAUAUGCUCGACCAAACUUCACUAACACUUGUCCCAGUCUCUGGGUCUCCCGAGACUGACGUUAACCAAAGAGGAUUUGGUCAGUGGUCUUUGAAGAGUCUCAUGUGAAUAGGAAAUAUACGGUUGGACACUUCUAAUCAUUCUUCAGGAUCAACUUCGGGGUCCUUGACCCCGGUAAACAGCGUCUAGAAGCUCUUGAGGAAUUCUAAGGUCCACCAGGGAGUUUUAUGGUGGAUGAAAUUUUUGGGUAGCUUGUUUUCUUCUUUUUUCUUUUUUAACGUAAGUAAGUAAGCUGAAGACUUUUUGGGGCCCGAGUCAGUUUACAGAGCGGGACCCACAAUGCACUAACGGGACUGGACCCUGUCACUUGGAGAUAGGUUCAGAUAGGGCCCUCCCAUUAACCUAAUGGUUAUCCAGUAAUGCCUAGUGCACCUUGAUGGUAUAUAUACUGUACCGGGAUGCACCAGGACCUCAGUUAGGUCUGGAGCUUGACAAUUGCUGCACCUGAAUCCACUGGGUAAGAUGUUAAAGGCAGUGCUGUAUCUCGCUGUCCUAGGCCUGAUGGUGCAAUGGACCCAGAUCAUGGGAAAUCCAGGAGACCGUCGCAGCAUCCGACCUCAACUGUAUUCGGAGCAACAAUACGAGAUUAACAAAAAUGAUCCCAGGUCCGAUUGGUUCUAUUCAAGAUCAUCCAGAUCCCUGCCUCCGUUCUCUUGGAGCUUCUUCAAGGACGAGGACGACGAGGAUACCUUGAUCAAGAAGAGGUUAGAUACCCUGGAGAAGAAGCAAAAGGAACUUGUGGAGCUGAUGAAGAAAUUACAACAGGGUGAGCCAACUGGGGGCAGAACAAACGCGAUAGAGAAUCGUAAUGAUUCGGAAUCCAUGGAAUCGGUAAAAGUAAACGUGGCUCACGAAAUUACGGAUGAUUCUGGAUCCAGUGAAAAUGAGUCUUUGGGGUCUUUGGAGAAUUUUGGAAACUCGGAUAUAAAAAAGAGCGCGAGAGAGGAGAUAAGUUUUUUGAAAAUUGAAAGCAAGGAUCAAAAUAAUAAGCGCCUUCCGGUAUCCCAGAACACUUCACGCGUCUUAAUCACUAACGAUCCUCUUACUAAAAUAUCUCAGGAUUAUGGAAAGGACCAGACUAACACUGGGUCGACUAAUACGAUUAUGCUGCCUAAAUCGAAUCUCGGGGCUCUAGUGCCGAUUACUAAUCCAACCGAAGGAAACAAUUUUCCUGAACCUCCGAAGGAAUCUUAUCAGAAUUUCCACCAAGAGAAAGAAUCUUCCCCGGUCCUUACUGAUAAUAACAAAAGCAGUGUCCAGGAUCCUUCGGUUAAUUGGAAAGGUCUCGCAAGUAGUUACAGUAAUCCUGCUAGUCCUGAUUCUAAGGGACCUCAAAUUAAAGAUACUGAAGUAUCUCUUAGAAAUCAAAAUGCUACUCAAAAUACUGAUGAUCAAAGCGCUCUUCGCUUCGGUCAAGCAGGUCCUGUCAAACCUAAUCAUAUCCUUGGUGAAUUUCUGUCGAAUGAUAAAGAAAAAAAUGGAACACGCAUGGAGCAUAUAAAGUUAUCGAAAGAUUUUGAAAAAGUACAUGACGUACUUCAUAAUUUUGAAAAAAAUAAAAAUUUGUUUAAAACGCUCACUCACUUAGAGAAGACUAAUGAAAAUAAGAAAAACACUCCUUACGCGUUUUUCGAGUCGCUCAAUAAACAAAUUAAAUCGAAUCCUCUGGUGGCGGAAGCUGACAAGAUUUUUCAUACAGGUCCUACAACCAAAGGAUGCGCUCCCUGCCCGGAAACAAAAAAGGAGGAGAAGCCAACGUGUGUCCCGACGAUUGCCAAGCAGGGUGAAAAGGAAGAGGUACCCCAAAAGGAUAAAGUCCCAUCCACACCAAGUGUCAGUUCUCCUACUGUGACAAAUACAGAGAAUACAACCGAUAAGAAGAAGGACGAUGGUACCGAAAAACCAGUGAUUAAAGGACCGGAAGAGACCGAAGAGAAGAAACCGGAAGAGCCCCCUAAAGAAAUAAAUGACUAACGAUUCUAGGAUAGAUGAAAAUUUUAUUACGAUUUAUUGAAUUCAAAAUUUUUUUUUUUUAUGUAACUCAAUCCUUCCCAAUGGAAAGGAAGAACUGUACGUCGUGUGAUAUAAAAUAUACUAUAUAUACGUAAAUAAAUGUAUCGAAACUAA